CUCACUUCCGUCAGUGACAGUGUGGGAAACUGAAUAGCCAAACACAAGAUGACAAUCUGCAACGUAGCACCCGGUUUUAACCUGUGAUGUUAGAAUCAGGCACGGGAAAAGGUGAUUCAUCAUGGACAGAGAUUUGCUGAGACAGUCGGUUAUCUAUCAUGGAGAAAGUUUGCUCUCCCUUUUAACAUGUGAACAGGAAGAGAACCCUGACUUCGCUGCCAUUAGAGCUGAACUUCCUAAUGCAACAUAUGAAGGGAAAAGUUUGGAUGCAAGUACCUCCGCCAUUGUGGAACAGUUUAUUGCAAGGAAAGCAGACUUAUUAUUUGCCCCUUCUUGGAAUUCAGCAGAGCCUGUGGACAAUGCAUUUCAGGAAGAGUCCCGUGAACCGUAUGCUUCCAUGCCCCCUUUGGAACAAUUCAUGGAGGUUCCUUUUCAGGAGAGGAGGGACCUGUUCUUCCGGGACGUGGAACGCGGGGAUGUCAUUAUCGGGCGUAUCAAUAACAUCAGAGAUUUUGGCUUCUUCCUCACUGUAGUAUGCACAUGUGGUGAAAUAGAGAGAGACAUCGCUGAUCUGGAGCUAACGGCUCUUUGCCCUGUCAGAGAUGUUCCAUCCAAUGGGAAUCAUGAUGAUCCUCUUUCUUAUUUCCAAGUUGGAGAUCUAAUUAGAGCGGCGCUGAAAGAUGUAGACCGCUAUCAUGGGAAGCUGACCAUUUCGCUUCUUGCCCCAUCACUUGCUCCAAGACUAAGCGGUCUUAAACUCGGUGUGAUCUCCAGAGAGGAUCUCCCCAUCCACUAUUGGCGUGGGGACAGAGUUGCCCAUGACAGUAGUGAGACUUAUGACACGGUCUUAGAAAACGCGCUGGGUUUCUCCAACCCAUCCAAUGUGGACGUUCUUCUUGCAAAGCUGGGAGUCAGCGAGUCCAAGUGUUUUUCAAUGAUGAGGGGACUACAAAGUAAACUUUUUCGGGAAGAAGAUUUUGCAGUGCACAUUCGAAAGAAGCAGUCAGCCAUAUGGGCUCUUAAAUGUGUCAAGGCCGGGGUGGAGCACUUCAAAUGUGGCCGACAUGUUGAAGCAAUGAACGAGUACAACAAAGCGCUGGAAAUAGACACCAACAACGUGGAAGCGCUUGUAGCUAGGGGCGCUCUAUAUGCAACGAAAGGGAGUCUGGCCAAGGCUACUGAGGACUUCGAAGUGGCCCUGGAGAACUGUCCUACUCACAGGAAUGCUAAGAAGUACCUCUGCCAAAUGCUGGUAGAACGCGGAGAACAACUGGAGAAGGAGAAAAAGUUGGUGUCCGCUGAGGGCCUGUACAAGAGGGCCUUGUCGCUGGAUGAGCAUUUCCAAUACGCUAUCGAGGCCAUGAGGAAGCUCCAGCUCCGUAUCCAGAAAUCACUGAAACUGAAAGAAGAGGAGGCAGCAAGAGAGCUGGAAAAGGCAAAGAAUGUGGAAACGAGUGCAGACAAAUUGCGUAAGAUCUUAAAAGAGGAGAAAAGGAUGAAACGUAAAAGGAAAAGGUCUUCUUCCUCUUCCUCUACGUCUUCUAGCUCCUCUUCCGCCAGCUCCUCUGCUUCCUCCUCAUCCUCCACUGAAGGGAGGAAGUCCAAAAAGAAGAAGAAGAGGAAGCACCGGCGCUCCUCUCGCAGUAGCAAAAAACGCCACAGCAGAACCUCCUCGCGUCGUAGUCGUUUGUCAGAUGACGAGGAUAGGAAAAAGGAGAGGGGAGGAGAGGAGGAGGAGGAGGACGACGACUUGUAUCCAGAGCCGCCCAACACCUCCGCCUCCUUCCUGGGCAAGGCCGGGGAAGACCUCUCCCAAGCCAAGGCCAAGAAGAGGUCCCUGUCCUGGGGCUCCUCGUCCAACGUGGACGUUCAGGAGAACAGCAGAGGUAGGUUUGAGGACGACGCGUUUGAGUAUGACCUCACCACUCUCCUCAGGCCCACCAGAGAGGAGCCUCUUGGCGACAGGCUGUCGCGAUCGAGGUCGAAAGACUUUGACUCCAAUGACCGCCGCGAUCGGCGGUCCUCUGAACACAGGAGGGCAGAGGCGGCAGGGCCUAGCAGCAUCGGCGGCAGCAGCAGGCAGAACUCGGAGCGUUCUGAGGGCUCCAGCCACAGGAGACCCUCAUACUCCUCCAUGAGCUCGGAGCGUUCUCGGAAGACCGAUCGGCAGUCGCGGGAAUAUCCGGACAAACAAGGCGGCAGCAGCAGCCACAGGCAUUCGGACGCUUCGAACAGACACGAGCGUUCCGAGAAGGGUGAGAAAAGGGAUGAAAGGCGAUCGGAAGGUAGCGCAAGAGAUUCCAAACGGAGCGAAGAUGUUCCUCAGAACGGUAGGAGAUGUUCCGAGGGAGCCCCAAAGAAAGAGCUGCCAUCAAACUUGCAGGACAUUUUCAACAAGAUUGCACAGUUUGAAAGGGAGAAGGGUGUGAAAAACAAAAAAUGAAUGUUGACUUUGCAUUGAUAGUGUUAGUUGUGGGAAAGUCUUUUGAGACAGGAGGGAUUAAACCUUUCUAAUGUAUUGGGUUACAACCCCUCGUUUAGUGUUGUCAGGUGUUAGUACUUAAAGGAAGACAUCGUUUUACGCUAAGCACAAUGCCUUAAAAGAAAUCUGUGACUGUUAGCCUGAAGUUGUGAUUUUAUGUUCCAUGAUUUUUUUCCCUCUGGCCUUAAGUUAGGUCUUUCAUGAUGAUCAUCAUCAUCUAUGGUAUGUAUUAUCAGCUGAACCAUAUUUUCAAUGUCUGGUUGAACACACACACACACACACACUGCUUUAGAUGUGCCAAGAGCUGCUGAACAAUCUGACAUCCAAAAAUUGAAUCUGUUGUUGUAUAAACAUCUGUUUAUCAAUAAACCCUAUCUUGUAGUCUUC